AUGGGGUUGCUAAGUCUACUAAAACGUCCCAAAGGACUGUCAAACGAUGCUUUAAGUCAGAUAGAACAGGUUGCAGAUUUGUGUACCAAAGAAUGCGACUCUUGUGCAUGUGAAGACUCGAACGAAAACUCUAGCGAUGAGGCAAAGUUCGCCAAGCUGAAGAUAGAGAUGGAAGAUCCACUUUUUGGGUCAUCUAAAACUUCCAAAAUACAUUUCAUAGUUCCUACAUCUCAGACAGACUGGGCUCAUGAUGCAUGCUCCGAAAAGCGAGGUUCUGUCCAAGAUCGUGUUGCCACAUGGAUUGACGCCAAUAAAAGCCAAUACAAGGGAGGCGUUGGUGAGGUGAUGCGUUGCAGCGUGUCAUCAAUGCCCAUCGAUAUUAUGGAUAUUGAUGUGAUGCGUGGGAAAAAAAAUAAUGUGCUCGUCUUACCUCAUUUCUUGUGGAUCAAGAACUUGAAGGCAGACGACGUUGGUGGCACAUUAGAAGAAUUGGUGCCUCUGCUUGUCGCCAACAAGCGCGAAGAAUUGAUGAAGAAGGAUAACAUUGAGGAAGCAAAGGAGCAAUCUUUUAUCUUCUUGUGCUCUCACAACACUAGAGACAAGCGCUGUGGCAUCACUGCGCCAAUCUUGAAAAAGCAUUUCGAAGAGGAACUACGGGAAAAAGGGUUAUUUCGUGACAUUUCUGAUUUUAGACCUGAUGGCUGUUCUGUCUUUUAUGUGAAUCAUGUAGGUGGGCACAAAUAUGCAGCGAACGUAAUAAUUUAUUUGAAGAAAUCUCAUUCGCUCAUAUGGUUGGCAAGAGUGACUCCUAAGCACACGAAAUCCAUUAUUGAUUUAAUUGUUAUCCCCGAGAAGCCUAAGCUUCCUUGGCCAGAGAAAGUUCGUUGUGUCCAAAAAUAUGAGAGUUGGUAA